AUGGCGUUGUCCGAAUUCACCUUUCAAUACGUAGCUCAGAAAUCGGUCAAGGGUCAGGCAUUGGCCGAUUUCCUAGCUCAUCACCCGGCCCAGGGGCAAGAGGAGGAAUUGGAGGUCGAGAUCGGUAUGGCCCACAUGGAAAAGAAUUAUUGGACCAUGCACUUCGACGGCUCCAGUACCGAGGCCAGGUCAGGAGCCGGAGUUGUGAUUGAAUCUCCCCAAGGGCAAAAAUGGCAGUUCGCAUUCCAACUCGACUUCAGAUGCACUAAUAAUCAGGCCGAGUACGAAGCGCUCAUCAUCGGUCUCGAGAUUUUGAAGGAAAUGAAGGCAACCCGUGUUUUGGUCCACGGUGAUUCUCAGCUGGUGAUUAACCAACUGACUGGGGAAUACCAAUGCACGAGCGAGAAUUUGGCCAUGUAUUAUGUGACGGCCCUCAACACGGCCGAUGGAUUCUCUAGAAUUUCCUUUGUUCAUGUACCACGCGCCGAAAACGGUGAGGCCAACGAGAUGGCCCAGGUAGCGUCAGGCGUAAACAUCCCGAACACUGACCAUGAUCGCGUGAUAAGGUCAGAUGCACUAAUAAUCAGGCCGAGUACGAAGCGCUCAUCAUCGGUCUCGAGAUUUUGA